GGACGACGUGCGCCGGGGGCGGGGCGCCCAUGAGUGUCGUGCCCAGAGAAGGGCGUUCGUGAGGUCCUGAGCCCUGACAGAGUUAUUUCGUGGAGGAGUGAGACGGCAAUGGCUAUGGCCGGAAUGAGCGGGGCCUUUUGCCGUCUGCCGGCGGCGCUGGGGCUGUUGCGGGGACCGCGGGGCUGGGCUUUCCUCGCCCGGCCGUGGAGCCAAGGCGCUGGAGAGGGGGCCGGAGGCGAGGGGGGCGGGUCGAAGGAGGCCAUGGAGCGGCUGGUGCGCGCGCACCCGGUGGUGGUCUUCAUGAAGGGCAGCCCGGCCCAGCCCCAGUGCGGCUUCAGCAACGCCGUGGUGCAGAUUCUGCGCCUUCACGGCGUCCAGGACUACCAGGCUUACGACGUCCUCCAGGAUCCCGACCUUCGCCAAGGAAUUAAGAACUAUUCCAACUGGCCUACUAUACCUCAAGUCUUCCUUAAUGGUGAAUUUGUGGGAGGCUGUGACAUACUUCUCCAGAUGCAUCAAAGUGGCGAUCUAGUGGAAGAACUUAAAAAACUGGGAAUUCGCUCGGCCUUGCUGGAUUCAGAAAAAGAUCAUGGCAAAAAAUAAAUAAGCUGAUGUGAUGUUGACAAAGACAGAUUUGGAUAAUUUGGUACCAGAAAAGCCUUAUGUAAUUCAGCUCAAGAAGUAAACUUUUUGAACUAACAUGAUGAGAUUUAUUAUUGAAUAUUCUGUUCUUCAUGUACAAUAUAAUAAGCUCAUAUGUAAAUAUUCUGUAUUUUUUAUAAUCCCAUCAUUGUAAAUCAAAUAUUUUGCAAAAUCCGAAGGUUUUUUGUUUUGUUUUGUUUUUAAUGAGCCAGAGUUGUGAUACAAAAUAUUAAUAUUUGUAAAGUCUAUACCUGUUUCUAUCCAGGUACGUAUGGAGAAAGAAAAAUCUCCCCAAAGCAGAUAGAGCAACUCAAUGUAAAGUAGCAGUAAUUAAUUGACCCACUUGCAAGAAUUCGGGGACCAAGUGAAAAACUGUUAAAGGUGAUAUACAUUCCCACAUUGUAGAAAGUCAGAUACAACUCGGCUGAUACAUUAUUGUGGGAGAGCUGUAUUGGGUGAUGUUAGAAGCUGACCAUCUGGAAGCACCCCAGAUCAUCUUGGAAUUGUCCCUAUUGUGUUCUUUGUAUAACCUAAGCAGAUUAUAUUUUGAUUUUCCUUUCAUCUCUGUGAAAUACGGUGGAAGAAAAGAAUAACAAUUCUUUACUUGAAUCAACCUGUAUUUGUCAGCAUAUAUUAACACUGCAUUAAAGAUAUAAAAAUGUUGACUUUGCAGCUUAGACUAAAACCACAGUAGCCAUUACUGUUUUCCUACCACAUUUGUUAGCAUACUUUGAGGGAUAUUGAACUGUUUGGAAUAAAAGUGAGAAAGUAUCUUCCACAUCUGCCCACAGGACUGCCUCAGUUAAUAUGCAUGGCUAUGGAUCACCAUAUCCAUGAUCAGUGCUAUAAUGUAUCUACACUUUUAAAAAUUGUGACUUCAAAUGACAGUAUGGAGGGUGGGUUUUGAAACAACUAAUUUAGUUUGUCUCUGUCCCUUUUUAAAAAGUGCACAGAUUAUUUGAAAUUCUGACUUUUGAAGUAUUUAUCAGGUGUUAUACAUACUGCAGUAUUUGUGAGACAUUGUACAUAGACACAGGUAAUUAUUCUUUUUUGACAAAUACUGUCAUCAAACUGAAACGAUUAGAUAGAUUGUUUCAUGUUAAAGAAAGGGCAGAAUAAUUGCUGUGAUGUCUUUUGAAACCUGCGUAUAUCGGGCUCCUAAAAUUCAAAUACUUUUUGUUUGAAAACAUAGAUGCUGAACCACCAUAGUAACAGCCCAACAGAAUGCUCACAUUUUUAAAGUAAUACCACUGGAUGUAAACAAGUUUUCUGAGAAAUUGUCUUUUUGUGACCUGUAUCCAAUUUCCUUUGAGAUAAAGGACGUUUAUAAACAACUAA